CGGCAUUAGAUAUCGCGCGAAUCAGCGGUCUUUUUUGAGAUUUUUGAUCUCCGACGUCGAGACCCCGCGCAAAUUCAAAGGGACAUUCGACACACAAGCGUGAAGAGAAGGAAGUGUCCAUGGAGCCAAAUGCCGCUGAACUUCGCCAGCUAAUGGCAGCUGCCGUGCGGAUGCGGGACGAAGGAAGGACGAGUGAUCCCAGGUACCAACAAAUUGUGGCCGUGCUUCGUGCGCAUCAGCAGCGAAUCGCCGACGCGCGACAGGGUCUUGCAUCGUCGAACAGUACUUCAAAUGCAGGAACGUCCGUGUCUGGUUCAACUCCAGCGACUGGAGAUGGAUCGACGAACUCGGGGGACCUCGGUGGCAAACAACAUGGCUCGAAACCCGCGACAUCCUCGAAGCAACCAACGUCGACAAGCAGUAGCACCGCCCCCUCUGCAUACCAUCCCAAACGAGCGACGGCGACGACGACUGCAGCUUCGUCUUCGAUACCAGCAUCCGCAGGAGGGUCAACGGGGCCGAGGAGAUGUGUGUUUACCGAAACCCAACUGACGCAUCUGCAUCAACAGAUCCGAAAGUUCAAGCUGCUCAGUCGCACCAUGGACGAACUACUGGCGAAAGACACGGAGCUGCUCAAAGCAAACAACCUGGCUCCUCCUCCACAUCCCCAGUCCACUCCAUCGGUGUUGCUCGCCACGCCCGUCAAGCCCGAACCGACCCCCGCGGACACGAAUCCCCCUCCAUCCCCCUUAUCCCAUCCUCCACUACUGGUGCUCAAGGACACUCCCGUCAACGCUAUACCAACCGUCAAGCAAGAAGUGAAGCCCAAACCCGUGCCAUUUCGCCGUGGCGACACACAACUAGUGUACGUGGCCCCGCCAUCCCUCGACAAGUUUGUCUUUCCGACUCUGAUCGACGAACAACCCAUCGACUUGUUGGCACCCCCCAUCAAUGGGUUGGAUUCGUUGAGCCAGCUCCAAGCGCAUUUACGGGGCCAGAUGCUGUUGGCACAUCACGUGCAACUGGCGCGACUGGGCGACCCCGUCAGUGUCGACCGCAAGUGGUUCAAACGGAAGCGCCCCGUGCUGUCCGUGUACGACCCCAGCGACCGCGAACGCCGGAUGAAGUCGCUCUCGAACGAAAAGCAGCGUCGGGCCACUCGACUCGUGUACUUGCGCGCGGUGGUGGCGCACGCCCGCGAGUUUCACGCAUUUCAUAAGGCUCGAGUGUCGUCGCUGGCCAAGGUAUCCCGCAACGUCAAGUCGUUGGUCGAGUCCAAAGCGAACAAGGCCGAGCGGGAAGAGGACCGCCAGGAGAAGCUCCGCCUCAAAGCGCUCAAAGCGAACGACAUGGCCGCGUACUCGAAGCUGGUCGCCGAAGCCAAAAACGAACGGCUCACGUACUUGCUAUCCCAAACAAACACGUACUUGGACAGCAUCCGCGCCCUGGUCAAGAGCCACCGCGAAAAGUUUGGGCUUGUACCUGCGGCGUCGUCGUCGUCCUCCGAUGUGCCGACGGAUGGCCAAGAAGACGUGGACGAAGAACUCGACUAUUUAGGCAUUGCUGUCAACAGCGAAAUGCCCAGACAGCCCCAGAUGCUCGUGGGAGGCGACUUGAAAGAGUACCAGCUGCGGGGACUCCAGUGGAUGGUGUCGCUGUAUGACAAUCGGCUCAACGGCAUCCUCGCCGACGAAAUGGGAUUGGGCAAGACGAUUCAGUCGAUUUCGCUCAUCACGUACGUGAUGGAAGUCAAGCACAACCUCGGACCGUUCCUGGUCGUCGUGCCGCUCUCGACCUUGUCCAAUUGGGUCAAUGAGUUUCGAAAAUGGGCUCCAGAUAUUACGCUUGUCGUGUACAAAGGCCACCCGCAAGCGCGAAAAGAUAUUUUCCGGCUCGAAAUGGCCAGCAUGCAGUUCAACGUGCUGUUGACGACAUACGAGUACAUUAUGAAAGACAAGCACGUGCUCCGCAAGUACGACUGGCAGUACAUCAUCGUGGACGAAGGCCAUCGCAUGAAGAAUGCGCAGAGCAAGUUCGCCAUGACACUCGGAUCGCUCUACACGUCGCGCAACCGGCUGCUGCUCACGGGCACGCCGCUCCAGAACUCGCUGCCGGAGCUAUGGUCACUGCUCAACUUUCUCCUGCCCACGAUAUUCGAAAGCGUCGACAACUUCGAGCAGUGGUUCAGCAAGCCAUUCUCGCACUUUACGGGCACGGGAGAGUCCAACGAGCUCACGGACGAGGAGCGCAUGCUCAUCAUUCACCGCCUGCAUCAAGUGCUAAGACCGUUCCUUCUCCGCCGCGUCAAGAGCUCCGUGCUGGACCAGCUACCAGACAAAGUCGAGCGCGUGCUGCGGUGCGAGCUGUCGGGGUGGCAAAAGAUCAUGUACCGGCGCAUCCAAGAGGGGGGGUCGCUGCUCAUGGAAGGGACUCAGGACGACGCCAAGAAGACGACUGCGUUUACAGCCAAGGGCCUGUCCAACAUCCUCAUGCAGCUGCGAAAAGUGUGCAAUCACCCGUACUUGUUUCAGACCCAGGGGUACCCCAUCGACUUCGACAUCGUCCGCUCCGCCGGCAAGUUUGAGCUGCUCGAUCGCAUGCUCCCCAAACUGCACGCGGCGGGUCAUCGCGUGCUCAUGUUUUCGCAGAUGACGCAGCUCAUGCACGUACUGGAAGACUAUUUCAACUACCGAGGAUUUCGCUACUUGCGGCUGGAUGGGUCGACGUCCGCGGACGAGCGAGAGCAGCGCAUGUUCAUGUUCAACGCGCCCGACUCGCCCUACUUUAUUUUCCUCCUGAGUACCCGCGCGGGGGGUCUCGGGCUCAACUUGGCGACGGCGGACACAGUCGUCAUUUUCGACAGCGACUGGAACCCCGCCAUGGACGCGCAGGCGCAAGAUCGCGCGCAUCGAAUUGGGCAAAAGAACGAAGUGCGCGUGUUUCGAUUGAUCACAAACUCGCCAAUCGAAGAAAAGAUCCUCAGUCGAGCCACGGAGAAGCUCAACAUGAACAACUUGGUCGUGGAAGCGGGCAAGUUCCACGCCAAGUCGAAAGAGUCGGACCGCCGCGCCAUGCUGGAAUCGCUCAUAAAGAUGGAAAACGAAGAAGCGACCGAAGCAGACGAAGCGCUCGUGAUCGACAACGACGAGCUCAACUCGAUCAUGGCGCUGACGCCGUCCGAGGAGAAAUUGUACCAGCAGAUCGACCACGACCGCGCCACACGGGAACGCCAUCAGUACGGCGCGCACUUCAAUCGCCUCAUGCACACGAGCGACGUGCCGGCGUGGCUCAAGGAAGCCGACGCGGCAGAAUCCCUCAAGGAACACGUCGACCCCGACACGUUGGCCGAGCUCAAGCGGAAGCGAAAAGACGUGUCGUACAGAGACAUGUCAGAGGCGCAGUUUACAAAAAUCCUCGAUGACGCCGACACGGACGACAACCUUAUGAAGAUGAAACCGUCCAAGAAGCACAAGUCGGAUAGUACUACUACUAGUACUAGUACUACUAGUACUACUACUGGUGGUGGUAGCAAGAAUGAUUUUAUCGUCGAGGUCACACACGAACGGUUGCGGUAUGUGUACGACGCAGUGCUGAAAGCGAAAGACUCGAAAGGACGCCUUCGACACCUCCUGUUUGUCGACAAACCAUCAGCAACCGACUACCCGGACUAUUACAACAUUGUCCAGCACGCGAUGGAUCUGCAAACAAUCGAAGACCGCAUCGAGUCGGAUGAGUACACGAGCUUUGCCAUGCUCGAGCGCGAUUUCAAACUCAUGUUUGACAAUGCCCAGUUAUACAACCACCGCGACUCACUCGUGUACCACGACGCGGCGGAGAUGGCCAAAGUGGUCAAGUCCAAGCUGAACGCGUUCAAGAAACCCAAAAAGAAGAAGACUUCCUAA